CUGCCACUUCUCACUACCUUAGCAUAAACUGCCAGAUUGAUAAAGGCAAAGUCCGAUUUGCCUUUUUAUGGUACGAUGAAAAUAAGGGCCUCCUCCACUUCUGGCCGAUAUUGUUUGUCAUCGUACCACAUUGAGGAUACACAUCGCCAGCAUGACAUCCGGCAGCAUUACUACAUCCACUACCGUGACCGAUGACUUUCAGAAGCCUCCUUCGGUUCCCAAAGAGGAAGUCAUAUAUAAGCCAUGGGAUCUACUGGUUUACGAGAUCUGGGUCCUGGGCAUCGUCUCGACCUGGGCCUGGGGCUGCAGUACCUCCGAAUACCUGCUUCCACAAUUCCGAGCCAAUAUAGGCAAAAACCAUCUCGACAUCGGCAGUGGGACAGGAUAUUACCUUCGCCGAAGUGAAAUUCCCGCCUCGACGCUCCUGACACUUCUGGACUUGGAACGGCCUGCGCUGGAUCUGGGCUUGCAGCGCUGUGGCCGCCCGGACGCGCGCGGCCUACAAGCUGAUAUCCUACAACCCCUGCCGGUGACCGACAAGUUCGACUCGGUUUCCAUGUACUAUCUGCUGCACUGCAUUCCGGCCACUGUGGCCGAGAAGUGCGCUGUCUUCAAGCACAUUAAGCGCAACAUGACCCGCGACGGCGUCAUACACGGUGCCAGCGUUUUGGGCAAGGGUGUGCGCAACGACAAUUGCUUCGCUGCCCAUGUGCGCCGCGGCGUGCUGAAAGCCGGCAUCUUUCACAAUAUUGAUGAUAAUGCAUAUGACUUUGAGCAUGCUCUGCGCGUGAACUUUGAGGAGGUCGAAACGCGAGUUGUAGGCUCAGUAUUCAUGUUUCGUGCCUCGAACCCUAAGCAAAAUGAGGGUGAUUUGUUAGAUAGUUGAUUCUACAACUCUGCAAGCGGAGGGGGGUAAUUUGUUUACUGUGGUAACUGCCAUCGCUGAGUUGCGAAGUUGGGAUGGUGCAGUUUGGAUGUAGAGGCUCGAAUGCUUCCUUAGGAUA